AUGAAGUCCUUGCUGUUCACCCUUGCAGUUUUUAUGCUCCUGGCCCAAUUGGUCUCAGGUAAUUGGGUUGGGAAAAAGUGUGCAAACAAAACUGGAAUUUGCAAGAAGACGUGCAAACCUGGAGAGAUGCAUGCAAUGCCUGCUGAGAAGAUGUGCGGCAAAGAUAGCGUAUGCUGUGUCCCAGCUAAACGUUCUGGUCAUCCUUCUGUCUGUGUGGAGAAAAAGACUACAAGACAUUCAACAGCAACAACAACAAGAAGUUUGAUGAUGAAUACUGCUUUGAUGUCUUCGAUGGCUUCAGUGACUAGGGUGGCUGCUACCCCUGUUUCUGUCACCAGUUGA